GUGUUUUAUAGGUCUCUUACGUGAGGUUGGAUAGCAUCCUCACUCAACAUGGUUGUCCUUCCGGUUCUGAUUUUUUGCGUUGCUCUGUUGAAGACGUGUGUAGGGUCGGAGCAAACUACAGUUGCUUCUGAAUCUGCUACAGAAAAUUACGCUUGUCCAGGACAGUGUAUGAAAGAAGAGGGAUGUUCUCUGGCUCUAAAUGAUACAGACUGUGGUAGCGGGCUUGUAUGCUGCAUAGAUCAAGACGGCACAACGACUACCGAAUAUGCAGAAUAUUUUACAACUGAAGAUUCUUUCGGAUACAGUUCUCCGGCUCAGGAAGUGUAUGAAGAGGCCGAAGCAGAAGCUGAAGUUCAGGAAGUUGACCAAGCGGGUUAUUCUUAUAUGGUGGGUGGAGAAGAGAAGCCGGAAUAUACCUAUAUUGUCCCUGAAGAAUCCGACGACUUAACUUCACGCAGAUCUGGAGAUGCGGCUGAAACUUGCCCUGGUGCAUGCAUACCUGUUGAGUCCAGUAAUGAAUGCGACUAUGUUCUGAUGAAUGAAGAUGUGUGCCCUCCAGAAGCGGCUUGCUGCCUAACCGACGAGGUUAUACAAGCAACUACUGACCAAUAUAACUACUUUAUAACGGAUGAGGAGACGUCAACCGACGAAAGUGAAGAAAAUGUCUUGGUCAAACGACAUAUCCCGUCUCCUUCUGGGGGUUCUUGCCCUGGUACUUGCGUUCAUCCUUCAAAUGCCCUCUUCUGCGAACAAAUCUUGCCACAAUUUUCUUGCCCACUGAAUUCUAAAUGUUGUAUCAAACGUUCUACUGAGCAAUCGUCAAAGAUUGUUCAAUGCACAGGUCAGUGUCUACCUUUGAAUAUGCAAGGAUACUGUUUUCCUCCAAAUGAAUUAAUCUUGGGAUCUACAACAUGCAAACGUGGUACAACUUGUUGUAUGCAAAAGUCUUUAGGAGGUCGUAUCCAACCUCCUUCUGUUGGAGCUAUGCAAUUUCCCAAUGUCCAAUAUCAAAUGCCACCUUCUGACCCUUCUCAAGUAGUCCUGGGACACUUGGCAGUUGAUGACGAAGGCACAGUAUUCCGAGUGGGUACAGAUGGCCAAAUAUCUCCUCUUCCAAGAGUUUCUCGAAUAGAUCAUCUUCGAGCCAAAUAUAACAAAUUGAUGGUAUAUCCUCGAUCUGGGGGCCACAUAGUGAUUUAUUCGGAUUCAACUGGGGCCUUGUACCAGCAAUUCUAUCCAAACAAUACCUACGAUCCUGAAACUCCCUUUGGUAGACCCUCGGGUCAGAGACCCGGCAAAACUCCUCCUGUUCAAAGACCAAAAUUUAAACCUAUAAUAAAGAAGCCAACGGAAGAAGAGUCAAGUCUACAAGACCUAGAAGAUAUUCCCAUCUUUCAGCAAGAGCACGAAACAAAAAAGCCAAUUGAUACUGAAAAAGAAACGAGCCUGCAAGACUUCGAUGCUUUUCCUGAACAGGAACCUGAAGAUAUAAUUAUUCCGGACGAUGAUGACGAAGCACCUGUCGUAGAAUCUAGACCCUCUAUUGCUGACAGUAAAACGGGAAGACCAACAUGUCCAGGCUCCUGCCUUUCCUAUUUUCUUAGAUUCACCUGCUUUAGGGGGUAUGCUAUUUAUGAUGGAUUUUCUUGCCCUGGAAGGUCGGUGUGCUGUGCUCGUGUGGCAGAUAUUGAAAGCCACGAAAAACGCCUGAGAUCCCUGUCUCCUUACUACAAAGAAUCGUCUGACUCUGGGAAAACUGUUCCUAAAUGUGGCAUCAAAGGUAGAAAAGAUUCUCAGCGUUCUGUUAGCGGGCAAGAAUCUUUACCAGGAGAAUGGUGCUGGCAGGUGGCCAUCAUAAACGUUCAGAAUCAAUACAUGUGUGGUGGUGCUCUAAUAGGCGACUCCUGGGUUCUAACUGCUGCUCAUUGCAUUACUAGUUCUAUGAAAGAGAAUCAAGCAGUAUUCGUCAGAGUUGGUGUAACUGAUCUUAAGAGUCCCGAAGAUAACAGCAAAGGACAGACUAUCCGAGUCGUAUCAACUUUCAUCCAUCACAACUUUAACAGCAUCAAUCUAGAUAACAACAUAGCCCUGCUUAAACUUCAGAAGCCUGUUGAUCUUACCGAUAACGUAUGUGUUGUAUGCUUGCCAACUAGCGGUCAAAUGCCAGCAGUAAAUGCCAAGUGUACAGUAACGGGAUAUGGCUUUGUCUCUAAAGAGGGAGAGAUGUCUCUAAAAACCGGAGAAGCGCCAGUACCAAUUGUCGAUGACACUGAAUGCAUGGCUAAUGUGACUGAAGCUUUGGUUAAUCCUUUCAUUCUUCCUGCAAGUAGUUUCUGUGCUGGAGGUCAAGGGCAACAAGAUGCCUGCCAGGGUGAUGCUGGAGGUCCUCUUGUCUGCGAGAUCGGCGGUCACCAUGAGCUUGUAGGACUUGUCUCCUGGACACUCGGAUGUGGCAGAAGUGACGUGCCGAGUAUCUACGUCAAGGUUCCUGCAUUCAUGGGAUGGAUUAAUCAAGUCAUCAGCUCCAGCUCGUUCUUGACGGCUAUAAAUUAAAUUCACCUCCAAUCAUAUGACCUGUAAAUGCCAUCAUAUUUAUUAAUAAAUUACGUUUCUACACUC